CGGACAACAGCCGCCAGCAGUCGUCAAGACCCAAAGUACCAAUCACGGACAACAGCCGCCAGCAGUAGUCAAGAUCCCACGUACCAAUCACGGACAACAGCCGCCAGCAGUCGUCAAGAUCCCACGUACCAAUCACGGACAACAGCCGCCAGCAGUCGUCAAGAUCCCACGUACCAAUCACGGACAACAGCCGCCAGCAGUCGUCAAGAUCCCACGUACCAAUCACGGACAACAGCCGCCAGCAGUCGUCAAGAUCCCACGUACCAAUCACGGACAACAGCCGCCAGCAGUCGUCAAGAUCCCACGUACCAAUCACGGACAACAGCCGCCAGCAGUCGUCAAGAUCCCACGUACCAAUCACGGACAACAGCCGCCAGCAGUCGUCAAGAUCCCACGUACCAAUCACGGACAACAGCCGCCAGCAGUCGUCAAGAUCCCACGUACCAAUCAAUGAUGCUGGUUGACAUUGUUAACUCACCCUAUCGUCAUCGUACACAUUUUCUCAAACCAUGUAAACAUGUUUGAAUGGACUGAUUCUAUGUUGUACAUCUAUUACUGCAUUGUGAGAUCUCAUACUUUGUAGACCUACUUUAGUUUUGAAUGAAAAACUAUGAAUACGCGAUAGAAAGUAAAACAUCUCUUUGACGUCAGUGCGUCACUUCCGACGUCAGCUGUAUAUCAGGAUACAUCAGAUGUAUAUCAGGAUACAUCACUUGCAUAUCAGGAUACAUCAGAUGUAUAUAAGGAUACAUCAGAUGUAUAUAAGGAUACAUCACUUGUAUAUCAGGAUACAUCAGUUCUAUAUAAGGAUACAUCAGUUGUAUAUCAGGAUACAUCGCUUGUAUAUCAGAAUAUAUCAGUUCUAUAUAAGGAUAUUUGUACAUCAGGAUACAUCAGUUUUGUAUAAGGAUACAUCUGUUGUAUAUCAGGAUACAUCAGUUGUAUAUCAUGAUACAUCAGUUGUAUAAAAGGAUACAUCACUUGUAUAUCAGGAUAUAUCAGUUGUAUAUAAGGAUAAAUCAGUUGUAUAUCAUGAUACAUCAGUUCUAUAUCAGGAUACAUCAGUUGUGUAUGAGGACACACCAGUUACAUAUCAUAUAUAUAUCAGUUGUAUAUCAGGAUAUACCAGUUGUAUAUCAGGAUAUACCAGUUGUAUAUCAUAGAUAUAUAUCAGUUGUAUAUCAGUAUAUUUCGGUUGUAUAUCAGGAUAAUGUCCUAACAUGAAGCGUCUUGUAGUGGAUGUUACCAUGGCAACGCCUCGAGUGACUCCACAGUGAACUUAAUUUGUGUUUUUUGCCAGACAGGCAACUCUUAGCUGUCUGUCCCAAUCAUCCUAUAUGUAUAUCACACGACUAGAUGUUACACAGACAGGUAACUCUUAGCUGUCUGUCCCAAUCAUUCUAUAUGUAUAUCACACGACUAGAUGUUACACAGACGGGUAACUCUUAGCUGUCUGUCCCAAUCAUUCUAUAUGUAUAUCACACGACUAGAUGUUACACAGACGGGUAACUCUUAGCUGUCUGUCCCAAUCAUUCUAUAUGUAUAUCACACGACUAGAUGUUACACAGACGGGUAACUCUUAGCUUUCUGUCCCAAUCAUUCUAUAUGUAUAUCACACGACUAGAUGUUACACACAGAGGUACCUAUUCUCUAUUUAUAUCACACGACUAGAUGUUACACAGAUAGGUAACUAUUCUCUAUUUAUAUCUCACAACUAGAUGUUACACACAGAGGUACCUAUUCUCUAUUUAUAUCACACGACUAGAUGUUACACAGAUAGGUAACUAUUCUCUAUUUAUAUCACACGACUAGAUGUUACACAGAGUGCUAAUUAUUCUCUAUUUAUAUCACACGACUAGAUGUUACACAGAGAGCUAAUUAUUCUCUAUUUAUAUCACCCAACUAGAAGUUAUAAAAACAGGUAAUUAUUCUCUAUUUAUAUCACGCGACUAGAAGUUACACAGAGAUCUAAUUAUUCUCUAUUUAUAUCACACGACUAUAUUUUACACAGACAGGUAACUAUUCUCUAUUUAUAUGUAGUGUGGCAUGUCCACAUCUUUUAUUUCAUUUACCACGUUUGUUAGAUGUGUUGGAUAAAUGAUGUUAGCAAACAAUGUUCUUUAGUUAA